AUGACAACCACUGUUCGUUUUUAUGAUUCAACAUUUUAUACAAUAGCUUUAACGUCAAUAGUUUAUUUCAUAUUUCAAACGUAUUCAAUACGAUUAUAUAAACAACGUCAUUUAGUGUUUAUUUCAUUUUUAUGCACAUGUCUUAGUUGUGAAGCAUUUUUUUAUAUAUUUCAAUCAAAUUCAUUAUUAAAUUUCUCGAAUUUAAAUGUAACAAAUGGGUUUUCUUCAACAAUAAUUCAUAUAAUAGUUUUAUUAUCAAUAUCAUCACUAUUAUGGAAUGCAACACAAUCUGUAGCAUUAGCUUCAAUACUUAUUCCUUUAAAUUCAAUCAAUCGUCAACAACAACAAGAAUCAUCAAAUUUUGUUUUACGUCGUUGGCUUCGUCAUAUUUGUGUUGAUCAUGUUUUUGCUCUAUUACUUACUCGUGUAGGUCGUUUAACUGAUGUUCCAUCGAUUAUUGCAUUAAGUGAUAUGGCAAGUAUAUGUAUAGUUGCAAGUUGGUUAUCACAAAUAGCUGUUUUUCCAAGUGUACUUUGUUUUCUUUAUUCAUAUUUUAUUGAUAAAACAACAUUCAACAAGGAAAAUUCUCAACAAAUCUUUUUAACAAAAAAUAGUGAUGAAUUGAAUUCUAUUUUACAUCGUUUAAAAAUUAUCAAAAUAUUAGGUCUGGCAUUAUUUAGUUUAAAAACUUCAGCUUGGUCAUUUUAUGAAACAUUAGCAUUAAUAUCAACCGCUAUAAUUUGUUUAACAUGUCUUGCUAUGGUUCCACCUGGACGUGAAACAUCGAAAUAUACUCGAAUAUUUGAUAUAUUUAUAGGAAAAACACCAGAUGAAAAUAAAAAUGAGGUAUUAAUCGUUAAUAAACAAUCUUCAAUACCAAAAAAUCCGGUUAUUUUUACAAUUGAUAAUUGUUCUUCAACUGAAACUAAUGAUUUGACUGAUCAAAAAACGGCAACUACACCAAAUCUUGUAGUUCCGUUAACACCAAAAAUAAUGGAAUCUAAAAUACCCGAUACAACAGAAAAUAUUGAUUAUUCUCUUUUAACUGAUGAAGAAAUAUUAUCCUUGGUUAAAUCAAAAAAACUAGCUGCACAUAAUCUUGAGAAAAAUUUACCAUUAUUAAAAGCUGUACAUAUACGUCGUUUAUUAUUAAAUGAGUUAUUAGUUUCAACACAAAACUCUUCAUUUUCACUUGAUUUAUUACCUUAUGAUAAUUAUGAUUAUUCAUUGGUUAUCAAUCAUUGUUGUGAAAAUGUCAUCGGUUAUGUUCAAAUACCUGUUGGAUAUGCGGGUCCCUUACGUGUUGAUAAUCGAAAUUUUUAUAUACCAAUGGCAACUACAGAAGGUGCACUUGUUGCAAGUACAAAUCGCGGGUGUAAAGCUGUAUCAAUGUCAAAAGGUGGUAUUGAAACAAUUAUUUUCAAUGAUGGUAUGACACGUGGUCCUGUGCUUAAAUUUGCCACCAUUCGACAAGCAUAUGAUGCUUAUGAAUGGUUUGAAACAAAUUUUGAAGAAAUAAAAAAAUGUUUUGAUGGAACAAGUUCAUAUGCACGUUUAACAAGUAUUAAACGAAAUUUAGCAGCACAUUAUUUAUUCGUUCGUUUUGUUGCAACAACUGGUGAUGCUAUGGGUAUGAAUAUGUUAUCAAAAGGUGUUGAAGCUGUAUUAAAACUUGUUAAAUCUACAUGGCCUCAAACAGUUGAUAUUAUUAGUGUUAGUGGAAAUUAUUGCACUGAUAAAAAACCAUCAGCAUUAAAUUGGAUUGAUGGACGAGGAAAAUCAGUUGUAGCAGAAGCGAUCAUACCCGGUGAUAUACUUCAUCAAGUACUUAAAACAAAUGCUAAUCAACUUGUUGAAUUAAAUCAAUCAAAAAAUAUGCUUGGAUCAAUUAUGGCUGGUUCAAUUGGAGGAUUUAAUGCUCAUGCUGCCAAUAUAGUUGCUGCUAUGUUUAUUGCUUGUGGUCAAGAUCCAGCACAAGUUGUUUCAAGUAGUAAUUGUUUAACAUGGCUUGAAACAACAGGACCUGAGAAAAAUGAUUUGUAUAUAUCAUGUACUAUGUAUUCACUUGAAGUUGGAACAAUAGGUGGUGGAACAAAAUUAGCAGCUCAACAAGCUUGCUUAAAAAUGCUUGACGUUAAUGGUUCUUUGUCGAAUGCACCUGGUGAAAAUUCUUGUCAACUUGCUCGUCUUAUAUGUUCAACAGUAUUGGCCGGUGAAUUAUCAUUAUUGAGCGCAUUAGCAACUAAUGAACUUGUUCAAUCACAUUUACGACUUAAUCGUAGUUUUAUUCAAACUAAAUAG